ACAACCAAUAGUAACAAACCCAAAAUGGAAUUUCCCCACAUAUCCUCACCUACCAUUGCUCUGCCUUCCCUCUUUGCCCUUCUCUUCUUUCUUUAUGCUCUCUUCACCCUAUGUUCCCCUCGUCGCAACAGAUUACCGCCCCAACCCCGCGGUGCUUGGCCGCUCAUCGGCCACCUCACUUUACUAAGUGGAAAAGAACCAAAUCACACCACGUUGGGAAAAUUGGCCGACGUUUAUGGACCAAUCUUCAUGUUAAGAUCAGGCGCAAACAGAAUCUUGAUUGUGAGCGGCUGGGAAGUCGCUAGGGAAUGCUUUACUGUCAACGACAAAGCAUUUGCCUCCCGCCCCAAGUUUGCAGCCGCGCAACUACUUGGCUAUGACUAUGCCAUGUUUGCGCUGAGCCAAUACGGACCAUACUGGAGCCAUUUGCGUAAAAUAGCCACGCUUGAACUCCUAGCCAACCAUCGACUCGAGAAGUUUAAACACAUCCUAAGAUCAGAGGUUCAAAUCUCCAUCCAGAAAUUACAUCAGUUCUGCAAAUCAAAUAAUGGAGGCAAGAAAGCGUUGAUGGAGAUGGAGACGUGGUUUGGGGAAAUAGCGCUGAAUACCAUAUUCAGGAUGGUGGUCGGAAAACGAUUCACCACUGCUUUUGAAGGUAGCGGCGGAGCAGAGUAUCGGCACGCGUUGGAGGAUUUUUUUAGGUUGUUUACAGCGUUUGUUCCGUCGGAUUUGUUUCCGUUUCUGAAAUGGUUCGACUUCGGAGGUCAUAAGAAGGCCAUGAAGAAGACGGCGAAGGUGUUGGACGAGAUGCUUGAUAAAUGGCUCACAGAGCAUCGCGAGAGGAGAAAUUCCGGCGAAGUGGCGCCGGAAGAGCAGGAUUUCAUGCAUGUUAUGUUGUCUUUUAUAGACAAUGAAGAAUUUCCCGGCUACGAUGCCGACACUGUCAUCAAAUCUACCUGUUUGACUAUGAUAUUGGGGGGAUUUCACACCACCACCACUGAAAUGACUUGGGCUCUUUCUUUACUCCUCAAUCGUGAACAAGCAUACGAGAAGCUUCAAAAGGAAUUAGACCAACAUGUUGGGAGAGACAGGGUAGUGAGAGAAUCCGAUCUGAAAAAUUUAAUAUAUCUCCAAGCUGUUGUGAAAGAAACAUUGCGUAUGUACCCUGCAGCACAACUGUCGGUCCCUCAUGAAUCUAUGGAAGAUUGUAUAGCUGCUGGGUAUCACAUCCCAGCAAAGACACGACUGUGGGUGAAUCUUUAUAGACUUCAAAGAGAUCCAAGUGUUUGGGAGAAUCCUAAUGAAUUUUGUCCUGAGAGGUUUUUGACAACUCAAAAGGAUUUUGAUGUUAAAGGACGAAAUCACCAGUUGAUACCGUUUGGUGCUGGUCGAAGAAUUUGCCCUGCAAUAACUUUUGCCCUCCAAAUUUUGCACUUGUUGUUUGCAAGGCUUCUUCAUGAGUUUGAAAUUGGACGACCAUCUGAAGAGCCACUCAAUAUGGAAGAAAAUGCUGCAUUGAACCUCACUAAAAAAAUCCCUCUUCAAGUUGUCUUAACUCCGCGUCUUUCUACUAAGGUUCAUGAAUGAUUAUGUGAUAAAUCUCGAAAAAAUAAUUUAUAGUUGGGUUGUAUAUUUUUAAUUGCAUAAAAAUGUUUUCAUAUUUUGCAA